AUGGCGCAUAAACGUGCAUUAGAAGCACUUAACCAAACAUUGAAAGAUCUACGCAAUGACUCGAGAUGUUUUGGAGGCGCAAUGAUUUUACUGUCUGGCGAUUUCCGUAAAACACUGCCAGUAAUUCCAAGAUCAACGGCUGCCGACGAAAUAAACGCUUGCCUCAAAUCAUCGAAUCUAUGGCGCUAUGUGAAGAAACUUCAGCUAACAACAAACAUGAGAGUUGCAUUGUUUAAUGAUCCAUCUGCGGAAGAUUUCUCUGAGCAAUUGCUUACUAUCGCGGCUAAGAAUAAAGAUGUAGAUGACCUAAACUACAUAAUUCAGAAUGACAUCAUUGGAACAAUGCAUUUAUUCAAAUCAAUUGGCUGUCUAACAAACGAAGAUGAAGCUACCAACUAUCCAACUGAAUUUUUAAACUCCUUGGAUAUGCCUGGCUUACCACCGCACAAUUUACGCCUCAAGGUUGGCUCCAUAGGAAUUAUGCUUCGAAACAUAAAGCCACCAAAACUUUGCAACGGUAUGCGUUUGGUGGUAAGUAAAUUGAAUAAUGUGAUUUACGCGACGAUACUCAAAGGAAAAUUUGAAGGUGAGGAAGUUCUCAUUCCGAGGAUCCCGAUGAUCCCAACCGAUAUGCCGUUUGAGUUUAAAAGACUUCAAUUUCCGAUCCGUCUUGCAUUCGCCAUGACCAUUAACAAAUCACAAAGACAAUCCUUGAAAGUUUGUGGUCUGAAUCUAGAAAAUCAUUAUAUUUAUAUUUUUGCUAAUAAAAAAUUGAAUGGAAUAAAAUCCAAAGUCUGCUUAUUUAUUGCCUCUAAGGCGGAAUAG